AGUAAAUUGUUUAUAAAAAAAUCAGUUUUCAUAAAAUAUAAUUAUUUAUCACAAAAAAAUCUUCUUUGAUCCUCACGGAGGACACCGAGCGGAUUCUAAACAUCCUGAAGAAAUGGAUAUAGGCUGUUGCGGCGAUUACUCUGAUGCUUCCCCGGUGGCAGAAAUGGCAACAGAGAGCGAAUGGUUCGCGUUGAGGCUUCUAUGCGUCGUCUUCUUCUUCUUCGGCUCGGUUUUAUUACUAUGUUAUUUCCUUUACCCGAAACUGCCGAAGUCGUCCGCCGGAGAUGAGGAAUACGGUGAGCCGCUUCCGCCGGCGUUGAUAUUCGGGAAGAUAGGCGGCGGCGGGAUCACGACGGAUGUUUGCGUGAUAUGUUUGGAGGAUUUCCGUAAAAACGACGCCGUUAGGGUUUUAGUAACAUGCAGGCACGUGUUUCACGUAAAAUGUAUAGAUUCUUGGUGUUUGUAUAAGCUGGCAUGUCCUGUUUGCAGAGCUCCGUUCCGGUUAUUCGGUGAAUGGUGACAAAUUUAGGACCAAAGAAGUGUAGGGUUUAUGUUCUGUAAAAACGGUGAGGG